UACUAGUACUACUUACUAGUAUAAAAGCUUGCACAUGACUGAGUGCAGUAUUACAGAUAUCUACAUAAUGUACUACCAACACACCCAUCCCGGCCCGGGGCCAUCCGUGAUCCCAAUCGAUACGAGCUUACCCGUUACGUCUUCAACAGGGAGCGUGCUGCGCUGGCUGUGGUGGUGCUGUGGAUAAGCACCGCACAGCUAGCCGUAUCGUUCCUGCUGCUGCUGCGCUGCCCAAUAGAUCUACGCAUCGUUUCCUUGCUCGGGUCGACGGAAGGUCGUCGGCCAGCUGGCCAGCUGCUGACUGAGAUUGCGGUAUGGGUGCUGCACUGGGCAGCUACGCUGACUUCUUGGACGAAGAGACGUCGCAGGCAACUCAGCAGGUGGCGGACGCGGCAGACGCGUGUCGCACGUUGGGCAGAUGGUCGACCAAAGCCAAGCUAGGCAGACAAUGCGUGGAACUGCCAAAGUUGAAAACACUACCGGAUCCAACGGCCAUUGCAAAUACCAAUGCUAUUCGCAUCAUGCCAAUAUCAUUCGUUGAGUACGUGCAACCAAUAUAUUGCACAGAGAGUGAUGCUAUUGGCAAGGGAGCGUUUGGUUCGGUUCAUCGCACCUUGCGCUGGUCUGAUCGUCAGAUCAUGGCCGUGAAAAUCAUGCCGCACCCCAAGAAGCACACGCUCCUGGAGAAGGCAGUGGAGACGGAAGAGACGAUACUAUGGAAGCUUAACCAUCCCAAUUUCGUAGCGAUGCACGAAGUCUUAACCACCAAGGAUAAAUACAUGUUCUUUAUGGACUACUGCAACCUGGGUGACCUGAGUCGCAUUGUGCAAGCUAUUGGACGUCUACACAUCAGAGAAGUGAGGUUUAUUAUGUUCCAGUUGAACUGUGCCAUGGUGCAUCUGCACACGGAACGAAUUCUCCACCGUGACAUCAGACUGGAGAAUGUGCUGAUGCACUCAACCCCCAAUCAGCCGUGGAGAAUUAAGUUGUCUGACUUUGGACUGUCAGUGAUGAUGAGGGAGGAAAAGAAUAGGCAAUAUCGAGACGCGUUUGGCCCUUCCUGCGGGGACCUAAGAUAUACAAAUACUCGUAGUCGCAGGGAAUACCGCUGGGUUCACGGUGAUAUCAAUUGCUGUGAUGUGUGGCACAUGGGAGUUAUCAUGUAUCGACUCAUCACCGGUGAUGUGAAUGCAGACGUCAGAGAAAAGCUCGAUCAUUCCGGCAUUGACCUUUGGGAGCCGUGCUGGAAAGAGGUGAACUUUGAAGCCACUGACUACCUGUGCAAACUGCUGAAGCCAAACGGUGACGAGAGAACGUCGUCAACCAAGGCAUUCAAGCACUCGUGGUUGAAGGAAAAACCGCCGCCCGAGGCGCGGAUUCAAAACCUUCUAGAAGCGCAAUCUUCUCGGUUGUCUGCUAUGUCAACCAAGAAAGAAGAUGUACUGAUAACCAUCUUGACGAAAACAGGAGGAAAGAAGAAGGUUGAUUUCAAGUCCUUCCGAUCCAGCCAAGUUAGUCGAGAUUGGGUUUGCUGAACUGACGGCGACACGUGGUGUUCUCCACGACCGGUACUCAUCCACGCUGUGCGUGCUUCACAAUCACACAUCUGCUUUCCUUACUCACGGUUCAUGUGUGCAGCUUUGAUAAGUCCUCUUCUCCUGGAUUCUCCUCCUCCUCCUCCUGCUGCUGCUGCUGCUGCUGCUGCUGCUGUUCACACUGUCACAAGUUAUGAAACAGUUAUAGGCCAUACCGAGUCGGCUGAUGUUGGGACCCACUUUCUCGCCCAGUGCCCUCGUUGGGCUUUGAGAUCAUGUUGUAAUGGAUAUCAUACAAAAUUUAAUAAUAGCAUUGAACAUUCAUAAGGUUGAGGUACAUGCAGUUGAAAAUGGGAAAAGUCAAGGAACCAGAAAAAUUUCAUCAUGUGUGUGGUUGUAAUAAAUUUUUAACCUCAUGCAUGAUUUCACCUUUCCAUUUAUACCUGCAUAAUGCCUGAUACAUGGCAAUGAUAAUCUGAUACAAGCUAGUACAAACAUUUGAUGAUAAGCUGAGCCUAU